CGAAAUACUUUUGACCCAAAAAAAAAGUUGAUGAAUUACAUUGUAUUCUUCUUUUUCUGAUUAAAUACAUUGCAUUCUUUUUCUCAGGAACGUUAGACAUUCGAGGACAACUAAUACAUGCAUGUACACAAUCUAUAAAAAAGGCAAUAUAUCGUGUCUAGCAAAAAGUUUCAUAACCAUACUAGAUAUAUAAAUACUAUAAACAAUGUCAUAGUAGCGAUCACAAGAUAAAAUACAAGUUGUACAAACAUUUAACAAUGGGUGAGAACAUACAAAGAGUGUGUGCGUCUAUCUUAACAGUGAUGGUUGUGAUGCUAUCACUUUCUGAAGAUACGAAAGGUAAUAAUGAUUUUGCAAUGACUCCAAUGUCAGAGAAAGGGUUGCUGCCAAAUCCAAUGUCUUGUGUAUCAGACGCAAGAAAAAUUCCAGAUUGUGUAGAAGCACUGAAACAAGGCAAAUUGAAAGAUAUAAAAAAAGAAUGUUGCAUUAUUCUACUCGGUCUUCCCGAAGAUUGUUUUGGAAUUUUAUUUCCUAUGCGUUUCUACUAUCGUGUCGUACUUAAAAUUACAUGCAAAUUAAUAGGCAUUUUUUAA